CGACGCUCCCAGCGUGUCCUGGGCUCGUCCUGCAUCGCGUCGUGACUGGCAACCGUUACGCCGCACCCAUUCACCAUCCACAAACCCAAUCGAGCGAUUCCGCUCACACGUACAGAGAUAGACGAUGUCGGCCUCACCCAGAAACUGGCGCGACAGCGCAUACCUCGUCAUUUCAAGCAUCCAGCUCUCAGCAAUACUUCUGGUCGACCUGGUACCUUUCUACCCGUCCAGCCUCUACGCUGAGCCGUCGGCGCCGCUGCACUUCCUGCAGGUGAUUCGCGACUUCUACAUCUCGACCUACAACGACCCCUACUUUGUCACGCCCCACGACGGGCUACCCUCAUGGUUCAAGCUCUUCACCUACAUCGAGAUCGUCUACCAGCUGCCCAUGGCCGUCUGGAUGGUCUACCGGUUCUCCGGCCGCGCCGGAACCACGCCCCGCUUCGAGCUCGCCAUCCUCGUCUUCGCCGUCGAGUGCGCCCUGACGACGCUGACCUGCAUCUACGACACGCUCCACUGGGACCCGGCCGUGUACAGCCAGGCCCAGAAGAACGUCUUCAUCUUCAACCUGUACGGCCCGUGGGUCGUGAUCCCCGCACUCAUGGGGUUAGACAUGUGGAUGCGCAUCCUCGGCAGGCUCCAAGCCGGAGGCAAGACGAAGUCCCAGUAGAGGGGCGGGCGGACGUGCAAUUCCAAUGAGUUUUUGGUUCCAUUUCCAUGAGUAUACCGUACAAUCCCGUUCGGUCAUAUAGCAUCCCCGAACCCGGGUCCCAAACUCCUUUUCCAGUCCAUCUCGUACUGCGUA